AUGAUCAUGAAGGAGACGAGCGACUCCAAAGACCAGCAGCUGACGGUGGCGCUUCGCAUACGGCCGAUCAGCAUGGUAGAGCUGGAGGAAGGAGCCACGCUGAUCGCCCACAAAGUGGAUGACCAGAUGGUUGUCCUGAUGGACCCUAUGGAAGAUCCUGAUGAUGUGCUCCGUGCCAACCGCUCAAGAGAGAAAUCCUAUAUGUUUGAUGUGGCCUUUGAUUUUGCUGCUACACAGGAGAUGGUUUAUCGUGCCACCACCAAAGGCCUCAUCCAAGGUGUCAUCUCUGGCUACAAUGCUACCAUUUUUGCCUAUGGCCCCACAGGCUGUGGAAAGACCUAUACGAUGCUUGGCACAGACAAUGAACCUGGCAUCUAUGUGCGGACACUCAACGAUCUCUUCCAUGCUAUUGAGGAGACCAGCAAUGACAUGGAGUAUGAUGUGUCCAUGUCCUACUUAGAGAUCUAUAAUGAGAUGAUCCGGGACCUGCUCAACCCUUCCCUGGGCUAUCUGGACCUCCGUGAAGAUUCAAAAGGUGUCAUCCAAGUUGCCGGCAUCACUGAAGUGUCCACCAUCAAUGCUAAGGAGAUAAUGCAGCUGCUGAUGAAGGGCAAUAAGCAGCGGACGCAGGAGCCCACUGCGGCCAACCGGACCUCCUCACGCUCCCAUGCGGUGCUGCAGGUCACCGUGCGCCAGAAGAGCCGCAUCAAGAACAUCAUGCAGGAGGUGCGCUUGGGCCGACUCUUCAUGAUUGACUUGGCUGGCUCGGAGAGGGCCUCCCAGACGCAGAACCGCGGGAAGCGCAUGAAGGAGGGAGCUCACAUCAACCGCUCACUUCUGGCUCUUGGCAACUGCAUCAAUGCUCUCAGUGACAGGGCAGGUGUCAAGUACGUCAAUUACCGGGACAGCAAGCUCACCCGCCUUCUAAAGGACUCAUUAGGUGGGAACAGCCGGACAGUCAUGAUUGCUCACAUCAGCCCUGCCAGCAGUGCCUUCGAGGAGUCGCGCAGCACCCUAACCUAUGCUGAACGUGCCAAGAGUAUCCGCACCACGGUGAAGCGUAACCUUCUUAAUGUCUCCUAUCACAUCGCCCAGUACACAAGCAUCAUUGCUGACCUCCGUAGCGAGAUUCACCGGCUGCAACGCAAGAUCGAGCAGCAAGAGCCACGCCGGCUGCGCCCUGACAUCCGUAGUAUCCAAGCUGAAGUGCAGCUCCACAGGAACCCCUUUGAGAGGCAGGAGAUGGACCAGCUCCGGCAACAGCUGAUCAGCACCUUUCGGGAGCAAAUGGAUGUGCGGCGCCACCUCAUGGAGCUGGAGAACAAUUACAUGGAGAUCCAGAUUGAAAGCUCCCGCCACCUGCUUACCAUUGCCGACUGGGAGCAGGAGAAGGCCCGUCGGGAUCAGAAGUGGCGAGAGGAACAGAGGAAAGAGAGCUACAGCAAGGAUGAGAGCGAGAAGGACUCUGACACCGGUGAUGACCUGUCAGAUGUGCCAGAACCACCGGAGGUGACCUCAGCGCGGGAGCACAUCGCCACCCUGCUGGGGGAGCAAGAUAAGCUACAUAAGCAGAAGGCAGAGCUGGAGAGGAGGUUCUGGGAAGUCCGGCAGCGUGGGCACCGGCUGGAGGAGGCCUUGCCGUGGCGCAUCAGCUCGGAAGAGCAGCGGGAGGUCCUGAGCCUGCUGUGCAAAGUCCACGAGCUGGAGGUGGAGAACACAGCCAUACAGUCCGGCGCCCUGCUCAAGGACAACCUCAUCCGCCACCAGGAGCGGACCGUGCGCCGCUUCGAGCGCCACCGCAGCCUCUGCCACCGCAUCAUCCACGAGCAGCGGCAGGUCAUUCACGAUUCUCAGCUGUGUGUGCCAUCCCACCUGGAACAGCUGUAUCAGACCUACCUGCACGAACUGGAGGAAGGUGGCUUAGACCGUGUCACCAUCAUUGACCGUGCGGCUGCUCGAGCCCUCAAGGACACAUCUGUGCCAAAGCUCCCUCCGCUCCCAGUGGAAAACAUCCUGGACUCUGACCAGGAGAGUGUGAAGACGCUGGGCUCGGAGUCUCAGCAGCUGCCCUGGCGGGAUCCCCGGAGGGGAGCCCUCCCUCCCCUCAUCCCGGAGACUGACAGCAGUGAAGCCAGCCAGGUGUUCAAGACAAGUCCUCGGGCCCGGCAGAUGAAGAAUUCUGCCGUCGUGACGCCACCCCCCAUCCACGUCAACGGCAUGGUCAGUCAAGAGUAUGUGCCCCGAGACAGUCUGGCCAGCCUGGGUAGCCAGCGAAAUUCCUCUCCGGACAGCAGCGAUCACUGUUCCGAUGGCAUCCCCCCAACUCGCAGAGUGGCAGAACGCAAGGAAAUCACGAGUGGUACCAAAAGCAUCGCUGUGAAGGCGGCCCGGCGCCGCUCCCGAGUGCUGGAGUCCGACCGGCUGAACCUGCUGGAGCCGACCAAGGAGCACAGCAGCCUGUCCCUGCACUCGCUGAGCGAGAGCGAGGACCCACUGUGCCGGGAGACCCCUGCCCUCGGCCGGCCCGCCAGCCCCAGCCUGCAGCACGCCAUCAGUGAGGACAACCUGUCCAGCAGCACCAGCGAGACCAUCCCCAGGAGGAAUGGCCCCAGGCGCUCCCCCGGGCCCUGGCUGCGGGCCGGCAAAAAGGGAAGCAAGAAGCUCCACAAGAGGGAAGAGUCCCUGGAGGCCAAGAAAAGGAAACGGAGGUCACGCUCCUUUGAGGUCACUGGCCACAGGCUCCCAUGUCCAAAGAACAACGCUGCCCGCCGGCACCCGCUGGAAAGCAGUUCCGAGCACAAGAUCGUGGCGGCGGGAGGGGCGCACAACCCCCGCAGCAUUGGAAAGCCCGCAGUGCCGCUGGCCAGAGUCAGGCUCCUGCAUGCCCAGCCAUCUUCAGGCCCCAGUGAGGCCUCCACUCUCUCUGUCACGUCCAAUCAAGCUGGUAUCUCCAGGAAAACCCAACCAAGCCAGCGCCCACCUCGUCUGAACUGUAGCACAAUGAACAGUACCGACCCUCCUGGCAAAACCUGCAGGAACCGGCGAUGCUAA